UGAUCCUUUGUUUUUGUAUUCUCGUUGAGCCGUGUCUGGAGACUAAAAGAAGAAGAACAUAUAGAAAAAUGGCGUUUACUGGAACGUUGGAUAAAUGCAAGGCAUGUGACAAAACCGUCUACGUGAUGGAUUUGUUGACGUUAGAGGGGAACACUUAUCACAAAUCAUGCUUCAGAUGCAGCCAUUGCAAUGGCACUCUCGUGAUAAGUAACUACUCAUCAAUGGAUGGAGUUCUUUACUGCAAGACCCACUUCGAACAGCUUUUCAAAGAAUCUGGAAACUUCAGCAAGAAUUUUCAGACAGGAAAGACAGAGAAGUCUAAUGAUCAAAUGACUCGAGCUCCAAGCAAGUUAUCUUCAUUCUUCAGUGGAACACAAGACAAGUGUGCGACUUGUCACAAAACCGUUUAUCCACUUGAGAAAGUAAACAUGGAAGGAGAGUGUUACCACAAGACUUGCUUCAAAUGUGCACACAGUGGUUGUCCUUUGACUCACUCUUCUUACGCCUCUCUCAACGGUGUCCUCUACUGUAAAGUCCAUUUCAAUCAGCUCUUUCUCGAGAAAGGGAGUUACAAUAAUGUUCAUCAAGCUGCUGCUAAGCAUCGUCGAUCCGCCUCUUCUGGUGCCUCUUCUCCGCCUUCUGAAGAACAGAAACCUGAAGAUAACACCUCAAUUCCCGGGGGAGAAGGAGGAGAAGAAGAAGUGGCACCUGAAGCUGCAGGAGAAGAGCCUGAGCCUGUGGCUGAGUCUUGAAUGUGUUG